AGCCUUACGACUCAUCUUUUUGCAACUUUCGACAUAUCUUCAAACGAAUAUCAAAAUGGCAGGACUUCUCGGCGGCGGCGGCGGAAACAAUAACGGAAAUGGUGGUGGUGGACUUCUUGGAGGACUCCUGAACACUGUCGAUGAUACAACGAAAGGUCUUCCCAUCGUUGGAGGCAUCACAUCUCCUCUCCUGAAGACCGUCGGAGGCAUCACGGACGGCUUACCCAUCGUCGGAUCAGGAGGAGGUCUCGGAGGAGGCCAAGGCCAAGCAAGACAACAACCCGUCGUGCAGCAGCAAUUCGCACAAGCUCCUCAAUAUGCGCCACAGGCUCCAUACCAGCCUCAAGCAGCAGCGACGAAACCUGUGCUGAGCGAGGCAGAAAAGAAAGCGAAGGCUGCGGAGAAGAAGAGGAAGCUGAUUGCGUUGAAGAAGAAGCAGUUAGAGAUCGAGGCUGCAGAGCUGGAGAUGAGUGAUUAAGGAUGACAAAGGGCCGGGCUAUGAGUUUAUGAGGCUAUGAUGAAAAUUGUUGUACUUUAGUCAUCUUGAAUUUGGGUUUUGAACUGUAUAAAUACUUUCAAUUGCUUUCAGAGGCUUUCAUAUCUUUGUGGAAUGGAAUGGCUUCGUUCGUUCUCGCAAUAAGAAGACAAAUUAUAUCUGGACCCAGUGGGUUUCCCCGUAUUGAAUCAAAUUCAGCCGUAGGCUCCCUG